CUUUGGCUAUCGCCAUCAUGCUCGCUUUGGCUCCUCCAACAAAAAUGUCCCCAUGCUGUCUCUGCCUUACGCCGCUCCUUCUAUUUCCAGCCAUGACGACCACUGGUCUGAUCACUCGUGAAGCCCUCGUCCUGCUGCUCCUCGCCUUGGCCGGCAUUGCGCUCGUACCGCCGCCAUGCGACGCCCUGCAGCUGCAGGACGCGGCCUUGAUCGACGACGUCGUCAUGGAGGCCGCGGAGGAGUGGUACAACGGGAAGCACCGGAGGACGGGCGUCACGUACCCGCUCUCGCUCCCGGGGAGCCUGUCCGCCGUCGACGCCAGCGUGUCACGGUUCCGCGCCGGCAGCCUCAAGCGGCACGGCGUCCUCCGGUUCGGCGAGUUCUCCGUGCCCCAGGGCCUCGUCGUGCCCGGUCGGCCCGCCGCCUCGCACCUCCUCGCCGUGCGCGUCAACCUGGGCAACCUCUCGGCCGUCUACGCCGAGUACGCGGCGAGAGGCGGCGGCUACCGCAUCGCGUCGCCGGUUCUCGGGCUCAUGUUCUACGACCUGGAGCCGCGCAACGGCACGGCGGCGCUCGAGGUCUGCGUCACGGGCGCGGCCAUAAGUGUCAACUUCUCGAUGGCGGUCCCGGCGCUCCAGCCAGGGGUCGUGCCGCUCUGCAUGGCGGUGUGGCUAAACGGCACCGUCGCCGUGACGGACGUGCAGGCCGGGAGCAACACCUGCCACCUGUGGGACCAGGGGCACGUCGCGCUCGUCCUCGGCGGUGUGGGCGACGGCGGUGACGCGGUGGCGGAGGCCGGGGAAGCGAGCAGGUGGAAGCUGGCGUUGUUCGGCGCAGCGCUGGGCGCGGGCGGCACGGUGCUGCUGGGGCUGGUCCUCGUGGCGCUGUUGAGCGUGCAACGCCGCAAAUCAGAGAUGGCGGAGAUGGAGCGGCGGGCGUACGAGGAGGAGGCGCUGCGCGUGGCCAUGGUCGGUCACGUCCGUGCGCCGUCGGCCUCUGGGUCGCGCACCACGCCGGACGAGUUGGAGAACGAGUACCGUGUCACCUUGUGACACAAACAAGUGCACAUUUGAAGAAAGGGGUAGUAUUUAUAUAUUUUUCUGUUAACAUUCUUUAUGUAUUUCAUAGUAAUUUGUCUCACAAUCGAGGAGGUAAAAUAGUGAAGUAAUUCAUCUA